AUGACAAUCCCUGCCGAUAUUCGCGCAGCAAAGGCAGCGGGAAGGAUUCCCAGCAAUGUCUCUCUUUCAUAUCUUGCAGAGUCCCGAGAUCACUCUGCUCUUGCGGGUAUCCUGUUCAUGAUCUGUUUCACCGGAGUUCUCAUGAUCUUGCGUCUGUACGCUCGAGCAUUUCUGGUCAAAAAGAUCGGCUUCGACGACUGGCUCGCAAUUCUGACUUUGAUGAUCUACAUCACCUUUGUCGUUCUUUGCAUCGUUCUCAUUAACCUUGGGAGCGGCCGUCAUAUCGAAUACAUCGAAUACGUCCUCUCGCUCUCAACAGUCCACAAGACCGAAGUGUUAGAUUUCGUUGCACACAUUCUCUAUACCACCGCCCUGUUCCUUUGUCGACUUUCCGGUCUGGCGUUCUAUUUUCGACUGACCGCGCGCACAAGCAAGCUGCACAAAUCCAUCCUCGUUGCUGGACCAUUCCUUAUCGCCGCAUACCUUCCCCAAAUUUUCCUCUUGAUAUUCCACUGCAAACCCGUCACCGGUUUAUGGCCGUAUGCUUGGCAACCCGGUGUGGAUAAUUACAAAUGUCUUACAUGGGGUCUGGUCUAUUCCGUCAACUCAGGCCUCUCGUUAGCCUGUGAUGUGAUGAUGUUUAUCAUUCCGGCCAUUCUCAUCAAACAACUUCAUGUCUCUCUCAAGAACAAAAUCAAGCUUUCCAUGGUCAUGUUCCCUGGUGUAUUCGUGAUCAUCAUCUCAUCCGUCCGUGUUUGGUUAGUCGUCAAAGGCCAAUGGGCAGCUGACGGCAGCUGGGCUUAUAACCCAAUGUUAUGCGUGGAAAAUGCCGAAAUCGCAGGCACACUCAUUGCCCUCUCCGUUCCUGCGCUGAAGCCUGUUUUCGGCAAUAUCUUCUCCCAUUUGACAGAGUACACUUCCAGCCACACUCGGUCGCGCUCAGCGGGUAGACUGCGAAGUCACUCAAAGCCCAUGAGUGGACUGGGAUCCCACGCUCGUGAUGAUAAACGAUUGCUUAACUGGUCGAAGCUUGGUCAUGAUGAUUAUGAGAUGAUGCCUUCUGAGGUGUCUGUUACUCAGGAUGCUUCAAGUCAUAACUCCAAGAUCCCUGGAAUAAGAGUCACCAAUGAAGUUAAUAUUACGCGUGGGGAGGACAGGUCUCCAUCGCAACAGUCGUCGAGGUCUUCGUCUCAUAGGACAUAG